AAAUGCUGUGAGGGGGGAGUUGUGUUUUGCGUUGUUUUAUUUUUAACGGUUUGUUGACAUUGUUUUACAUACGCGUAAAUCAUUUUAUGUUGUAAGUGUGUGAACUAUUCGGUUUGUUGUAAUAGUGAAGUAAAGUGGCCAACAAUGACGACCCAGCCAGAAGUCGGCGUGUCCGACUUUGUCCUCUUGGACAAUUUGACGACUGACAACUUCAUAGAAAAUUUGCAUUUGAGGUUCCAACACAACAAAAUCUACACAUACAUCGGCGAGGUGCUGGUAUCGGUGAACCCGUACAGAAACCUGGACAUCUAUGGGCCGCAGCACAUGGCCCAGUACCGCGGCCGGGAGAUGUUUGAGGUCCCGCCCCACGUGUAUUCCGUGGCUGAUGCCUGCCAGAGGGUGCUCAGGCAACAGGGCCGAGAUACAUGCGUGCUGAUCUCCGGAGAGUCAGGGUCGGGCAAGACAGAGGCCUCGAAGUUCAUCAUGAAGUACAUCGCCGCCAACACCACACAAGUUCACAGAGAAUACAUCGACAGAGUAAAAAACGUGCUAAUCCAAUCAAAUUCCAUCCUCGAAACGUUCGGCAACGCGAAAACGAACCGCAACGACAACUCCUCACGCUUCGGCAAGUACAUGGACAUCCACUUCGACUACAAAGGCGACCCGGUGGGCGGACACAUCAGCAAUUACCUGCUGGAGAAAAGUCGGGUGGUCAGCCUGCAGCCUGGAGAGAGGAACUUCCACGCUUUUUAUCAGUUAUUAAGUACAAACAACAACCACACAAAGAAGUUCGGGCUGAAUUCGAGCGCAGUGUACAAGAUCCUCGGCAGCGAGCGAGCGACCGCGCAGGAUUCUAAGCUCUAUUCCGUCACGAAUAGCGCCUUUUCUGCCCUGGGCUUCGCGUCGUCCGUCGUCGAUGACAUCUGGAACAUAGUCGCUGGAGUUAUAUUGCUGGGCGAGCUAACUUUCGCAGAGACGCCAGACGGUCAGCUCACUAUCGGUGGUCCUCUCCGCCAAUGCGUCUCCGCUUUAGGAGUAUCCGAGGACGCUCUCCGCACUGCCAUGGCGGGCCGCGUGCUAUCAGCCGGCGGCGAGCUAGUCAGCAAGGAACACAGCCUGUCUGACGCUAACUACACUAGGCUAGCGCUGGCUAAGGCGGCCUACGACAGGCUGUUCACGUGGAUAGUACAACAGAUCAACAAAGCGAUCGACGUCCCGUCAGGCACGUACAAGAACACACUCAUCGGUGUUCUGGACAUCUACGGCUUCGAGAUCUUCGACACCAACAGCUUCGAGCAGUUCUGCAUCAACUACUGCAACGAGAAGCUGCAGCAGCUGUUCAUUGAGCUGGUCCUCAAGCAGGAACAGGAGGAAUAUGCUCGCGAGGGCAUCACGUGGACGCCCGUGACGUACUUCAACAACCGCGUCAUCUGCGAGCUCGUGGACGCGCCGCACCAGGGCGUCAUCGCUAUCAUGGAUGAGGCUUGCCUUAACCCCACCAAGAUAUCGGACAAGCAACUGCUGGAAGCUAUGGACAAGCGCCUGAGUGGACACAAGCACUACACAUCGCGACAGCUCGCGCCCGCCGACAAGAAACUCAAGCACGGCGUUGACUUUAGGAUUACGCACUACGCCGGUGACGUAACUUACGCGAUCACUGGCUUCAUGGACAAGAACAAAGACUCGCUAUGGCAGGACCUCAAGCGGCUGCUGCACUCCUCGACCAACCGGUCCCUCGCAGAUAUGUGGCCUGAAGGCGGCACCAACAUACAGAAGACAUCAAAACGACCGCCAUCAGCUGCUACGUUAUUCCGCAACUCGAUGGCGGCGUUAGUCACCGGGCUGCAAAGUAAAGAACCCUUCUACGUGCGCUGCGUCAAACCCAACCCGUUGCAGGCGCCAAAUACAUGGGACGACCAGCUGGUCCGCCACCAAGUAGCCUACCUAGGCUUAGUAGAGAACGUGCGCGUGCGUCGCGCCGGGUUCGCUUCCCGGCAACGAUACGACCGCUUCCUGCGCCGCUACAAGAUGCUCAGCCAGUAUACCUGGCCUAACUUCAGAGGGGACAACACUAGAGAUGCUGUCAUGGUUCUGGCUAGAGACCUGCAAUUGACAGAUGUACAGUUUGGACAUACUAAGCUAUUCAUCAGAUCGGCGAAGACCCUCCACGGCUUAGAAGCGGCCCGAGCGGAACUGAUCCCGUCCAUCGUGACGCUUCUGCAGAAGUUAUGGCGCGGCACACUCGCGCGCAUCCGAUACAGGAAACUCAAGGCAGCGCUCACCAUAUACAACGCCUGGAAACGGUAUCGCGUCCGAAGAUACAUAGCCGAGCUACAAACACAGUUACAACGCUACCGCGGCGUCAUAAAGCAGUGGCCCGCGCCGCCGCGUCGGCUUAACGUGCCGCUGUUACAGGCUGCCUACCGCCGCUGGCGAGCCUACCUCACGCUCAAACCCAUACCUAGGGAUCAAUGGCCGCAGCUCAAGAUGAAGAUUUGCGCAGCAAGCGCGCUGCGCGGACGACGAGCAGAAUGGGGCGCGGGCCGGCAGUGGCUGGGCGACUACUUAGCUGAUGACAACUACAACGCCAAGUGCGCCCUAUACAAAUCAGCGCUGACGACGCUGCAAAAGUCGCAGCAGUGUGGUCGCGCGUUGUUCUCGUGCCGCGUGCACAAGUUCAACCGCUUCAACAAGCUGGCAGAGCGCUGCCUGCUUGUAACCGAGACCGCUGUGUUCAAGCUUGAUGCCAACACCUUCAAGCCGCUGAAGAAACCCACGCCUAUUACUGAGAUUGGCGCGGUCCGCGUGAUGAGCUCGGACGCGCAGCUGGUGGUGGUCAGCGUGCCGGCGGCCAACAACGACCUGGUGGUGGGGCUGGUGGCGCCGCGGGCCGACCUGCUGGGAGAACUGGUCGGCGUGCUCGCCAACCGGUACAAGAUGUUAAAAGGCACCGAGCUCUCUGUCGAAGUGGAAAGCGGCGCCACCACUCGCUGCACGCUCGGCGGCAAGACGCGCGCGCUGCAGCUGCCCGCCGCCGCCUCGCCCGCGCCCACGCACGCGCCCUUCACGCACGCGCACAACGUCAUCACAUACCACCCGGCGUCCGCGCGCGCGUAGCACGAAGACAGCGGAACUGCCGUGGAAGUAAGCAGAUGACGCCAUCACUGCUGAACAUAAGCCUCUUCUAAAAGUAUCUAGAUUGGUCAGUUGAAAACCUGCGCCCUUCACCCAUGCGCACAACGUCAUCACAUACCACCCGGCUUCGGCGCGCGCGUAGCACGAAGAUAGCGGCGUAGACGUAAGCGGAUGACGUCAUCUUGCAAAUCCAGGACAUCCGUUCGUCCAUUAGGACGUGCCCUUCACGCACGCGCACAACGUCAUCACCUACCACCCCGCGUCUGCGCGCGCGUAGCGACACGCUGGUGAUGAACACGUGAGCGAGUGACGCCAUCUUCCUUUCAAAUUCGUUUACGCGCAUAGCACGAUGAUAGAAUAGGCCACGUGGACGUAAGCAGAUGAUGCCAUCACUGCUGGACAUAACCCUCUUUUAAAAGUAUCUAGAGAGCCUGGAUCCAGCGGCUUACCUUAUUAUUUUAGGGAAAGGACGUCCACAGCUGAAGAUACACCUCGCCCAGUAGUGUCUAGGUGAGUUAGAGGCGCCUUUCACUUCAUCUUCCAUUCUAAUUCAGGACGUCCAUUGUUGAAUAUAGAUAGGUCCAUUAGUUUGAGGCGCAUUUCACGCACGCGCAUAACGUCAUCACAUACCAUCCGGCUUCCGCGCGCGCGUAGCAACACGCUAGUGAUGGAGACGUGAGCGGGUGACAUCAUUAGUUUCCAGAUUGGUUUGAGGCGUUUUUCACGUACGUGCACAACGUCAUCACAUACGAUCCCGCGUCUGCGCGCAUGUAGCACGAAGAUAGCGGAGCUGCCGUGGAAGUAAGCAGAUGAUGCUAUCACUGCUGAAUAUAAGCCUCUUCCAAAAGUAUCUAGAUUGGUCAGUUGAAAGCCUGCAUCAUGCAUUAGUGACAGGACAUCUACAGGUGGACAUACGCCUCCGCCUCGCCCGCGCCCUUCACGCACGCGCACAACGUCAUCACAUACCACCCGGCCUCGGCGCGCGCGUAGCGACACGCUAGUGAUGAACACGUGAGCAAAUGACGUCAUCUUCCAUCCUAAUUCAGGAUGUCAAAUUUGGUUUGAGACGCUUUUCACGCACGCGCACAACGUCAUCACCUACCAUCCGGCGUUCGCGCGCGCGUAGCACGAAGAUAGCGGCGUAGACGUAAGCGGGUGACGGCAUCUUGCAAAUCCAGGACAUCCGUUCGUCCAUUAGGACGUGCCCUUCACGCACGCGCACAACGUCAUCACAUACCAUCCUGCGUCCGCGCGCGCAUAGCACGAAGAUAGCGGCGUAGACGUAAGCGGAUGACGUCAUCUUCCAUUCUGUCCAUUAGUUUCCAGAUUGGUUUGAGGCGCCCUUCACGCACGCGCACAACGUCAUCACCUACCACCCGGCCUCGGCGCGCGCAUAGCACGAUCAUAGCGGAGCUGAUGACGUCAUCUUCCAAGUUCAGGACGUCCGUUGCUGAACACAGGUUCAUUAGUUUCCAGAUUGGUUAUCGCCUUUCACGCACGCGCAUAAUGUUAUUACAUACCAUCCCGCGUCUCCACGCGCGUAGCAACACGCUAGAAGAAGUGAUGAAGGCGUAAGCGAAUGAUGCCAUCACUGCGGGACAUAUGCCUCUCCUAAUAGGUACAUUGGUCGGUUGAAAGCCUGUUAUCCAGCGGCUUACCUUAAGGCUGAUUUACACGUAUUAAUUAGAUAAGUAGGUAACUACAUUUUAACUAAUUUUUUGGGCGGGGCUUGUCACUUGACACACUUUGACAAGCAGUUUCAUAGUAUAGUUCCAAAAUACUGAACUGUCCUAUCCAUGACAUUGACAGCGGGGCGCCACCGUCAAUACCGGAUCGCUGGUUCCGAUUUUUGCCAUAUUGGAAGCCAUAUAGUUGAACUAUGGUAGCGCCCCCCUGUCAUUGAGUUUGGUGGAACAGUUCAGCGUGGGUCAUCUAUAACAAGAGCUUGACGUUUGGACAUAGACUUAAAAUUAAGUUAAAAAAAUACGAUGUAAUUUCAUCAUUUAAAAUUAAGUUAAAAUGUUGUAAACUACUUAAUACGUGUAAAUCAGCCUUUAAAACAAAAAUAAAUCGGGUAUGAAAUAAAAAACUUCACCCUUCUAAAACCCAACCUGAACAGUAAAUACAAUAAUGUCAAUGUAAUUUCUACUUGUGAUUAUUAAGUGCCUAGUGAAAUAAAAUUUCUCACAUGAAAAAAAAAGUAAUAAAAUAUGAACAUUUGUUGAAUUUCACGUAAAACUUCGUUAUUUUUGCUUUUAUCGUGAUGGUAGUCUAGUUUUAAAGAAAUAUGUUAAUAUAAUAUAACUUAUUAGAAGUGAUGAUGCUAGUUCUUAUUAAUAAAUGUAAUUAGGCUAUUUGUUAUUCUAUUUUUAAGGCAUUUCGUAUGAUUUUACGUAAUUAAUAUUGUUGCGUUGUUCCGUUCUGGCAACGAGAAUUUAUUUUUUUAUUUAAUUUUCGAUAGUGAAAGUUAAUUUUAAAAAACGAAUUAAAAUGUAUUCCAAACAUCACAUUAUUUUAUUAAUAAUACCAAUUUACUAAUGUUAUUAUAAGCCGUAAUGAAAUUGAAUGUUAAAUAAAACUAUUUUGCAGGUGUUAUGUAAAAUAGUUUUGUUUGUCAUUAAUUACCUACGAAAUAAAUAUAGUUUAUGUGAAUUUUAAAUUAUGAAAAACGCACAAUGUACUUUUUAAAAUACAUUAAUAAUUUAAUAAAGGUGUGUUAAGAUUAAGAUACCUUCUUCGAUGGACAAAACAAAACGCUUAUUUUGCUACAACGUACUUAAAAUUUUGCUAACAUCCUACUUAAAAAAAUCAUUCAAAAUUGACGUUUCAUGUGAGUAUUCCUUGAUUGGAGAUAGUACACGAUUGCAUAAAUACAGUUAUGGUUUAAAACCAUAGGUAUUAUAAAAUUAUUUUAAGCAUUUCGUGUUUUGUUCCAUCGAAAUCAGUGUAUUUGGGAACAUAAGGCAACUUGUGAUUUUGUAUAUAAAAUAACGUACAAACAUUGCAGUGAUGAUUUUAUACAAUUUUAUGCGUGUAGUAUUAAUUUAUUGUACCGUAGGUCAGUAUUAAGCUUCGAUGAACACAACGAAAUAACUUUCUUGACGCAAAAAAUAUAUAAAACUUAAACGAAUUCUUGAAUUGGAUAAUUUCUACUUGUAGAGUCGUAAUUUUAUUUACAUCUAGACAAAAAUCUUAAGAUCAAAACGGUUUUGGGACAUCAUAUUAAUUUGGCGGAAUGGAUUUUACUCUUGUAUUUUCAUCUUGUAAUUUAACAUUGUAAAAUAUGAUAAUAUCAGUGUAAUAUUUAAAUAAAACCAUGUCUCUAUCGCGAUAUGGGGAUCAUAGCAUCAUUUUGAAAUUAUGCAAAGUGAACACCGAAACGUCAUUUUUCCUAGAUUUGUUUAAAAGAUUUUAAGUCAAAUGUAAACAAAAUCAGCUCUAAAAUUGUAAUACCCUCUAGUCUGUCACUUCAAAAGUAUAUUUUCAUUGUAAGUAAACGUUUGUAAACAUUGCGUCAAUUAAUUGUAAAUACGUAGUUACGUUUGUGAGUGAUUCUGAUCGGAUGUGCCUUGAUGUGGUGCCAUGAGAUUUUAUUGUAAACUAUUCAAUAUAUUAUUUUCUUUAAUCAAA